AUGAGCAUGGACGACCCGGUUGAGAUGUUUAGAGCUCUACAGCAAAAGAUGGACGAAAUGCAGCAGCGUCACGAGGACGAGUUGGCGGCUGUAAAGGCCGACUGUGAGGCCCGGAUAGCUCGGGAGAUUGGAGGGAAGGACAGAGAGAGGGAGCGAGUAAGAGAUAAAGGAAAAGCUGCGGCAGAGGAACAAACGUCCCGGGGUACCGAGUGUGAUAAGACCUGGAGGCCUACCGGGUCCGAUGCGGAAGGGAGUAAAGCUAAGUCGGUACACGCAGAGAGCGCGACCGAAGAUAGACGAAUGGUGGUGAAGCCAGAACCCUCUUCCGCGCUAUUACUCCCCUUCACCCAAAAUAUAAUGGAUGUUCAAAUUUCGGAACAGUUCAUAGCGCCGCAGUUCAAAAUGUAUAACGGGACGACAGACCCCGAGGGACACAUUAAGACGUUCUCGAACGCUAUGGCAUUCAGAACGGGCAACGACGCCAUUUGGUGCCGAGCGUUCUCGCUCUCGUUGGAGGACGAGGCACUGGAAUGGUUCAACACCCUUCCCCCAAACUCCAUAGAAAAUUUCGCCGGACUGAAGCAGCUGUUCAUUAAGCAAUUUGCGGCCAGUAGUACCCAGGACUUGACCGUGUUCGAAUUGAUUACCCUCAAGCAGGGGAAAGAAGAAGCACUGCGGGCAUUCAUGGAUAGAUACCAAAAGACCGUCCGGCGGGUAAAGAGCCUGAUGCCAGAACUCGCACUGCAUUACAUUUUACCGGCCCUCAAGCCGGGACCGUUCAAAGAUAGCGUCUGCAGGCGAGCUCCUAAGACGAUGGAAGAGCUGAGAGAGCGGGCGACAGAUGAGAUAAGGGUGGAGGAGAUGAAGCUCUCUUAUAAGAGGGAGAACCAGGAGUUAAGGGGAGAAAGGGCGGAUGGUGGGAAGCCUAGUGGCUCAACGGGAAAGCCGUCCAGCACAAAAUAUAAAGAUCAAAGAAGGGGGCCCCGCUUCCAGCAGUAUACCCCCCUGAACGCCCCAAGGGAAAAAAUCCUUCGCGAAGCGUUAAGUGCAUAUUUGAUCCCAGAGCAAGAGAAACGCCCAACUCCGAAGGACGCAGACGGGAGCAAGCACUGCGCUUACCACAAGAAUAUGGGUCACACCACCGAGGAGUGUGUAACCCUCAAGGAUAAAAUAGAGGAGCUGAUCCGGGCGGGAAAGCUCAAGAAAUACGUCCGGGAUGAACGUCCUCCACAUCCGACAGAACGGCCUGUACAGCGACCGACUUACCGCUCGGAUAGGCCGAGGAACACUAGGGCCGAACGACCUCGCUCAGAGCGGCGACCCAGCCGAAGCCGCAGCCGGAGUCGAGAACGCCCCUUGCGGGGGAGGGUCAUCCUCCUCCGCCCGUAA